CAAAGUGGACAGAAAGGGUCGGUGUGCAGUUUGGGUGACGCUCAUCUCUCUACCUCCGCCGUGAACAUCCCUCUCCUCUGGACCAGAGUGCAACCUGCGUGAUUUUAAAGCAAAAUGGCGACAGUCUAAAAUAGAGGGUGAAGACGAGAAACGGUGUCAAGUGCAAAGACAAAGUUGAGGACAUGAGUCGUCGUCCUGAGGUAUGUUUCCUGAGAGCCAUGCGGUGGAAUCAGUGCUUCAUCAUCGACUGAAAGUAUGUCUGAUCUGAAGCCAAAUGCACAAGAGGACAAAGACGUGGAAUCGGUGUCUGACAGCCCAGGUCGUACUCAGGAGCCAUUACAGAGUCACACAUUCUCCCUGAAGAACAAUGCUGCAGGUCUGUCCUCAGAUGAACACGAAAACCCUUUAAAUGGAACCCAGCCGAAUCCAUUUGUAUACAGCAGUGUCCCUGCUGUUCCCCAUGCAGGCAAUUCAUUGCCUUCAGGAGCACUUGUUAAUGGACCUGGUUCACACCCCACCUCAGAGGUACACUGUGUCCUGAACAAAGGCACUGUUUUAUCCAACAAUGUCCUGGAUGCCGCGUGGCAAGCGGAGAAGGACACGAGCCCCGAGGUGUUACCACCACCUAGUGAGCUUCAAUCAGACGCUUGGAAGAACACAGCGGGGCUCGCCGUAAAAACACUGGCCACACAGCCAGGUGUCAACACGCCACUGUCUCACUCGGAGGAGAAUGAGUCCAAACUGGCCUAUUCCACACUGUCAGGUGCAGACAGUGCAGAGCAAAUGCACAUUAGCCAACCUUUGACAAAACAGACAAUGAAAACAAGAUCUCGACGGGACGUAGAAUGGUCAGAAAGCUCCUCGGAUGAUUAUGACGAUGCUGAAGUAAUCAGAUGGGAUUCAGCAAGAGAGUGCUCCUUGCACGAUGACAGAAGGCUGGAGACCAAAGUGAUGCACAAAAGAGACAGGAAGCACAAUACACAUGUAAAGAGCAUGUCAGGCUCUCUAGAAAAGGUUAACAUGAAUCACACGUACAGACGUUCCUGUCUCUGCAGUGGUGAUGAUGAAAAUGUUGACAUUGUCAACAAAGAAGAUUCUUUAGGUACCCGAUCUAAUAUUAAAUAUUCUGCUGUGCCACUCAAAGUUCUUUCUAGGAACAGAGCUUCAGACUCGGAGCACCAUAUUUAUAGCACAGCACGGGAAGGCUGUAAUGAGGAAAAUGACCCUGAAGAUGAAGACAAUUUUAGUUCAAAAGUGGAACAGUUGAAGAUGGAACAAGUUGAACAAGAUCCACUUUUCUUUUCAUGCACAAUAUGCAAUGUUAAUUUCAAGGAAAAAAGACAUUUCCAUAGACAUAUGAUGUAUCAUUUAGGCAAGCAUAAUCAGGUGAACAGUGAGAAUGUCUCACAGCCCUUUAUAUGCAGGGAGUGUGGGCGUUUGUUCUGUGAUAGCAACUCCCUCAUGAGGCACAUCGUUAUUCACCAAGACAGGCUGGAAAAACUUAUGGAGGAAAUCAAAGGUCUCAAGAACACUGAACUGGAAGACAGGGGCACCGCAGUGCAGUGCCCUAAAAUCUCUGUCCAGCAUGCCAAAACUCAUGAUAAUCUGAAGCACUACUACUUCUGUGAGGAGUGUAACUACAUUACACUGACACAGCAGGCACUGGAAGCACACCUACAUGUCGCACAUCUCAAUACACACCAGCCUCAAUACAGGAAAAUGUCUCUUACUAAUGAUGCAGAGGAAGUGGACCGUGUUCAGUUUCAGCGUAAAAUGGGGUUCUUUACUAACAGAGACAAAGUAGUCAUUAAAAGACAUUAUGAGACGAAGCAGCCGCGAUGGUACAGUGGUGAUUGCAAAAAGGUUGCUAAACCAAAUCUGUUUAAGUCGACUCUUGGAGAGACAAUCCAUUUCCCCCAGUGUUCCAGGAAAAAAGAGGGCAUUCACAUUCAAAAGUUUAAAACUGUAGAUUCUCCUCAGUUUAAGUACCGUGUUGGCUGCACCAAAAGCAUGCUGUCACCGUCUUUGUGGAGGGUCGACAGGCAUGGAAAAUUACUCCUGCAACCAGCAGAAAAAUUAAACGUGGCAAGUGAUCUCACCUGUGUGGAGGAGGACGCUGAAAACAAUGACUGCAAGGCUUUUGGCAGCUCAAAGCAGGCAAACUGUCCUGCUACCACUGAUAUUUUACUAUCAGCCAGAAAUCUUAAAUUAGAGCAGAUGUUCUGUCAGGGUAGCGAGAACGACCCGGCAAGUGGGAGUUUACAAGCGCAAGCGAACCAAAAUUCUCUGUCAAUGAGAAAAAUGUCAACACCCUUGCAUAACACUAUUGACAAUACGAAUGGUAAUAUAUCAGCAAGGAUUAGCCAGAGGCUCAAGAAACAGUCUGCAGAUGAGGAGUUAGAGAAAGGCUGCGAGGGCAGCAAUAACUUCAGUGACGCCAGUGAAGCUACAGGCAGCUUCUUGGAAAGUGAGAAUGUAAGGAACCCGUACGCUCGGAGGUAUUUCAGAAAGAGGCAAAGCUUUUCAGCCAAAGACCAAAGCCUUCAUGCAUUCAAGGAUGACGAUGAUGCAGAUGAAGACUGCAGUGACAUAGAGCAACUCAUAAUCAAGGAGGAGUAUAUUGAAACUACAGUGUGUGAUGAUUCUCCAGAGCCGCCUCGUGUGUCUACAAGCGACAGCUUUGAUGUUUCCCCUUCGUCAGGGGUAGAACACAAGCCCUGUCCAUACUGCCCUGCCAUGUUUGAGUCCGGAGUGGGUCUGUCCAAUCACGUGCGAGGGCACCUUCACCGAGUCGGCUUGAGCUACAAUGCUCGGCACAUGGUUACGCCAGAACAAGUGGCACUGCGGGACCAUCAGCCACGAAUCCGCAGAAGGAUCACCUGUGGCACGAGAAAAAUUAAAAAAGCUGUGAAGCCAGAAACCCAAGGAGAGCACACAUGCCCCCUGUGCUGGGGUUGGUUUGAUACUAAGACUGGCCUCUCCAACCAUGUGAGGGGACACCUGAAACGAAUCGGUAGAAGUGUUACCAGCACCAGUAAGUCCCCGCUGUGCAUCCUUAAUGAACUGCUACAGGACAAAAAGGAAUAUCAGAACAUCCUCCAGGUCCUCAACAAGAGCCAGGUCCCCUCGCGACCUUUUGUGUCCCAGAACCUAAUCAGCAGUGAUGGCCUGCUCUUGAUGCGCAUGGGCAUCCCAGUGAAAAUCCAAUAUGAGAUGAGGAGUCCACGUCCCAUAUUGGACGACUUUGUACCAAAACAGGAGGCAGAGGCCUUCUCAGAAAGGAAGAAGCCUCAGGCAGAAGCACAAAGAGGCACUAAGGCCUCCACUAGCACUUUAGUUGAACUCCUCAAGAUGAGACAGAAUAGUUUGGAGCUCACGGCGAGGAACAACCAGGACGCCUAUGCAAGCAGCAAGCUCUGUGAUUUGACCAAAGAUUACAUGGAGGAGACACAGAUGACCAGCGUGGAACCAAACUGGACUCAUGGGGAAAGUGAUUCGAACAAGAUUUGUAUUCAGUGUAACGGCACCUUCCCCGGGCUUCCUGGUCACCUCAGAGCCUAUGCACACAGGAAGAGGAUCGCUGUUUUCGAAGAACCAGGCUAUGAUUAUAAACAGAAGAAGCCAAGACCAAGGCCUGGGCUAAAAAAGAAGAUUUUACCCUCCUUGAAUGCUGAGAUAUACACACUCACCUGCAGAUUCUGUGACCUCGUCUUCCAGGGUCCCUUGUCUAUCCAGGAGGAUUGGAUCAAGCAUUUACAGAGGCAUCUUCUGCACACCAGCGUGCCCCACUCAGGGACAGGGAUGGUUGAGGUUUUGGGUCUUCAUCACAAAAUACAAAUGAGUUUGUCUGGUGAUCACCCAGAUCUUGAGUAGAGUUUUAGCCGUCGCAAACUUCCAGUUGCCUGAAUUUGCACAUUGUUUAUAUGUAUAACCAACACAUUGUUUUAGAUUAGUCCUGCAACUGUUUAUAGAAAUAUAUAAUAUUUAACCAUGACUAUUUAAAGAAUAUAUUAAUAAUAUUGGUAUAUAAGCAAAAUCUUUGUAUAGGAUAUUUUAAUGCUUUGCCUUAUCAACUUGGCUAAUGCAACUUAUAGGAUGUAUCUUCAUUGACCGUUGUGUAAAUUAGAUACAGCGGUGGCAGUGUGAAGCUGGUCUGGCAGUACAGAACUGCCAUUGUUGGGAAAACAUUAUUCUUUUAUGUUUGUCAUGAUAAAGAAAAGUGCCUUGUUAUAAAGCAUUUUGUUAAAAUAAGAAAACCAUUUCAUCAUGAAAUGAAAAAAAAUAUACAAAUAUCUUUUUACAUCAUAAACAGAAACUUUCUCAUUAUAAAAAGAAAUAGUUCUCAAAAUCUUUCUCUCUUUUUAUGAGAAACUUUUUGUCACAGUAAGAAAAAAGUUAAAAGGAGCGUCGCCACUCUUGUAUUGGCAAAACACACGAGCCUGAGCAUUUCAAUUAAGUUCAUGUCUCCCUUUGUUUUAGAGACGACAUAAAAUAAAAUAGUGCUCUUGUUAAGCAGUGUACUCAGGGCUGUCAUUAGUUUGUGGAUGCUUUGUAGGAUUUCACCUCUCUGUGCCUGCAUCAGAGAGAGCAUCUCUCUUAAUCAAAGUGAAGAUGUUGCGUUAUGUUGGGACAGCUUGUUCUGUCAUUGUUCUUCUGCUUAACCUUCAACCAUCAGUGCAGGUUCUGAAAUGCGGCUCUCACAUCUUUUUAUAAUGAGAAACCUCUCUGGUUAUAACAAGAAACAUCUGCAGUUAUAACGACAUAUUGUUAGGAUUGUUUUUUCCUCAUUGUGGCAGCUCUGAAUUUCUGAAGGGUUGGACCCUGAAAUGGGUCACUUUUGGUUCUCACAUGAGUAAUAAUGCAUCAAGUACAGAGAUUCCUGGGACUAAACGCAUGUCCGCAACCUGUUCUCCAAAUGUAUCCCAAUUAGUAAACUUAUUGCUUAUUUUGCAGGGCAGCAGAGACAGAUUCCCCCAUUUGCCAGAAAAAAUGUUUGCAUUGCACUUUAAUGCAAACCAUGGAUAUGUUUUAUCUGUACAUUAUUAUGUAGCGGAUAUGUUAAAAUUUAAUAUUUCAGCAAUGCUGUGGUUAAGGUGGUUAGGGUUAGACACAAAAAUCACUUGGUUAUGGUUAGGAAAAGAUCACUUGUUGUCUUGAAGUACUAGUUUUGGGGGCAUAAUACCAAGAACAGAAGCCAAUACAUUCUCACUCUGAUCUCGUCACAUAUCGCCAUUUGAUCAUGGACUUUCCAUGUCGAUGAAAGUCGGUGAUUGUUGGACCCAUCCACCGCCCCUCCCACCCGCUCUACUUGGACUUUACCCCCCAUAACUUAAGUUGUUGUACGGCGUCGACACAUAUCACACCAAUGUGAAAGGACAGCUAUUUUCCUCGGUGUCUGACACGGAAGUAACUGUCUAAGCGCCGAUAUUAGGCGACUUCGGAAUAUGACCAGGAUGGAUAGGCAGCAAUGUCUUGGAAAAACAACCACUUUUCGUGGCACAAUCCUCGGUGGAAAAACAGCGAGGAGUUUGGUGGCUAUAAACAAAAAAAAAAAAGAGUAAUGAGUAAUUGUCCAAAUAUUCUCACUCCCAACUUGUCACCUAUUGCCGCUUUUUCAGUGGACUUUUGACGUCUACAUAUGACGUGCAGGGUAUCCUGGGCAUGUCUGUUUACACUUUACGCCUGUUACACACAUUGUAUCUUUUCAGAAUUCACUUCCGUAUUCACAGGAAAACAACAUGGUUUGGCUCAACAUUCAUACAGGAAGCGAAGAGUGGGCUCCAGGGUGAAAGUCCAGGGUUUGUUUGACCCAUCCAUCGCCCCUUCCACCCGCCCUAUAGGGUGUUCCCAGCUGUUUAAGUUACAUUAUUUUCCACUCUGGUCUGCUGGUCUGUAGCUUGGCAGGCAUCUGGGUGAGGUGACACGCCAUCCACUGUCCCCCCACCCAACUCAUAUACUACGUCACUUAAGACACGUUGAUAUGAUACGUAUGAAACAUACAAAUGUAACACAUCUGUAGUUUGCAGAAACAUACACCAACAUUUCCUUCCUUCAAAAGGCUCAACUCACACUUCACAGUUUAAAUUUUUGUUUGAAGUUCAGAAUCGCAUCCAUAUUGAAUGAAUAUGAAAGUAUAUUUUUAUGUCAGUAAUGCCUGUCACAUGAUAGUUUAUCAUAUUGUAUUAAAAGCCAGCAACUGCAAUGCAAGAUAAAAAAGAUUUGGCUAAAUCAAACAAAUAUUAAGCUUUAAUGACCAAAUUUAAUUUUAUGGAAUUAUUUAAGUAUUUUCUCUUUAAAUAAUUAACUUUUUAAAAAUAUAGACAUGUACUGUAGGGCUCCCUUAUAUACCAGUUGUUAAUAUCCAUUUCUAUAAAAUAAACCUCACAUACUCAGGCUUGAUAGUUUUUAGACUUAGUGUUGGGCGGAUUCAAUACAAUUUUUUUCAGAUAAAUGUUGGUAUAGAAAUCAGCAGCGUUGAUAAUAAACUUGCAUGAUACGAAAUUGUCACGAAUUUUAAAUAAAUUAUAUACUAAAGCAUUUAUUGGUGAUGCUGUGUUAAGUUACAUAAACAAUGGGAUGUAGAUAUUGGCAAACAGAGCAUGGCACCUUCACUCUGCAGCACAGUCCUGUGAGUCGAGAUAAUUUACAGCAGUUUUGGUGGAGUGGACAAAAGGUUUGACUCCAGUGGUUAAUUGAGGACACUGUCUGAGAUUUAUAGAACAAAAGACUCAAUUUGCAGGAGAAUAGUGAGCCAAAAUGUCUUUGGAUAUUCAAGGUUAGGUGAAAGAGUAUUACAAUGAAUUAAUAAUUAGGGAUGGCCAUGCUGAAUUUCUGACCAUCCAAUUUUUAUAGGGUUUUUGGAAUGUCUAAAUGGAGAGUCAACCAGAAACACAGGAAGGACAAAACGACGGUUUGACUCAAAACUCUUUGUAGGAACUGAACAGAAACAUCUACAGCUACUUCAAUGUAUGAUCUCAGUGUUUAUGCAUUCUAUGUUUAGGUUUUUUGUAUAUCUGUAUUAAUAAGAUAUAUAUAUAUAUUUGUGUCAAUAAAUGGUGUAAGCUUUGGUCACCCAUAGAUGGAACAGUACUGAGUCAACCUGAGUCUAAGCAUGGUAACACACACUGAAGCCAGGAUAACACACAAGUUUGGAGCACCAAAAGUAAAGUACCUUUGCUGCUCCAAAGUAUUGAAUUUUGAUUUAUGGAUACAUAUUGA